CUGACCCGACUGAGCCCCACUCUUCUCUUUCUCUGUCGCUCUUUCUCUCUCUCUCUCUCUCUCUCUCUUUCCCCCCACCUCUUCUCUCUGCUUUGCAUGUCGGUUUUGCUUCGUUAUAGUAUAUUGCAUUUUCUCUCUUUUUGGGUUUUGAUCUAAGUUUUUUUACAAAUUUGAUCAGUCCCUUUCUCUCUCUGCUGCUUUCACAUAUAUGAUCUCAUUUGGCUUCUCUGAGAAAAACCAAUUAACCCAAUCUAUAUCACUCUCUCGCUUCCUUUUCUCUUUUGAAAUUUUCAGCUACUGUGGUGGGUUUAUGGUGUAUGAUGAAUUGGGGGAGAAGAUUUGUGGCUUUAGAUAGUGUUUUGGGGAGAAAGGAACCAUUUACUCAAGCUAUGAAUGGGAACAAGAAGCGCUGCUCGGACUGCAUGACCACUGAGACACCCUUGUGGAGAGGUGGCCCAGCUGGGCCCAAGUCACUGUGCAAUGCAUGUGGGAUCAGACACAGGAAGAGAGGAAUUCCUACUGUGAGCUUGAUGAGUAAAGGGCCAAAGAGGAGGAGAGAGAAAAUACGUGGCAGUAGCAGCAGUUCUAUCACAACCACAUAUAAUACUGCUGCUUCUGCCACAACAGCCAAAAGCACUUUUGGUAGUAGUGGUGGUGGCAUAAAUUUGAAUGAGCCUCCUAAGGUGAGGUUUGUGGGUUUUGGUGAGGAUGUGUUUUUCCAAGGCUCACAGGCCGAGGGGGAGGGGGAGAAACAGAGCCAGUGGAGGGAGUGGGGAGAGGUGGAACAAGCAGCUGUGUGUUUGCUGGCUAUGUCAUGUGACUCUGUUUUUGCAUGAAGGGGACAAAAUGUGAAGGAGUAUAUACUAGUAAAUUAAAACCCCAAUAUACUUGUGAUGAUGCUCUUUGUAGCUACUUUGACUAAUUAUAACUUGGGAAGAUUGUACCCUUGCUAAUGAUAUUUGGGGGUCUUCCCUUUUUUUUGUUGUUGCUUUUUUUAGUGACAGUUUGGGGAAGUGAAAAUGAAAUGAAGGGAAGGUCAAAGAUGUUGAGGGUGAUGGUUUUGAGGCAAUGACAUUUCCUGUAUUUUGGUACUAUCUUAGUUAUAUUGUACAUAUUAAAGGAAGUAUGAGUAAUCUGUAUCUUUUAUGUUUGGUCUGACCAAAAUACAAUG